GCCAUAUAAGUGUUGUAAAACGCACACGCUCUUCUAAUUGUUGUUUUUUGGGAGUGGUGGUUUUGGUUUUGUUUGUUAAUUAAACGCGUUUAUUUACCCUGCCUUAAGCUUAUCUUCUAUAAACAAACAAGGUUAAGGGUAGCAUGAAAUCCUGGGAGAUAGCUCUGGUGGCAGUCGCCGCCAUUUACUUGUGUUCGCAAGUGAACUUUGUGGCCGGACUGGAGUGCUAUGUGUGCUCCAACCAGACGGGCAACACGGAGAAGUGCCUGAACACCAUCAAGACCUGCGAGCCCUUCGAGAACGUCUGCGGCACGGAGAUCCGCUGGGGAUCCCAGCCGUACUUCUCGGAGGGAGCCCUGAAGCAGUACUACGUGUCCAAGAGGUGCAUGACCAAGGAGCAGUGCCAGUCCAAGAGGAAGCGCUACAUGCAGCUGUACUGCACCCACAUCUGGUACGAGGACUGGGCGUGCAACGAGUGCUGCCAGGGAGAUCGGUGCAACUACUUCGUGAUUAGUGGAGCGCCUUCGCGGCCAGCUUUGGGGGUCGGCCUGACCCUGUCCAUCACAUUAUUAGGCCUGGGAUCUUGGCUCAUUCCACGCUCUUAGCCUCGCAAGCUUUGACAUCACACGCACAUUCCGAUUUUUGUGUUAAUUUAACAGAACCGUCCAUAAGCUAAGUAGUUUCCACCAUCCAUUUGUUAAGUAGAUCGUCCAAGUGCCUUGACUCAACGCGGAGAAUUGGAAAAUAAUUCCAAUUAAUACCCCGAACCUCUGGGAAGUUUACUUCCCUCUUCAGUAAUUUACACUUUUAAAUGUACCCUCUUAUUCUUCAUUGUUACGCACGAAUCUCAUUUUUCUGAGACAUAUCUUUUACAUUGUUUCAAAUAAGUUAUCAACGAGGCAGCUCAAAAUCUACUUUAAGAAUGAAAAAUGUGCCUAUUUAAACUUUAAUCUGUUCCGAAUCGAAUCUCCCCCUGCAAUAAAGCAACUUUGACGUCUUUUUGGCGCUUUAAUAUGCA